AUGACUCAGGAAGGAUCAGCAGAGGACUCCGGCUCUGAGUCGGACAAAAGCAAUGCCUCGGAUCAAAGUGGAUCGGAGAAAAGUCAUUCGGUCGAAAGCAAUAAUGAAAAUGAGAACGACUCAGGCAGUGGGAGUGAAAGCGAAUCGGACAAGAGCACUCAUAACUCACCUCCGAGUCAUAACAGCUCGAAGAACAAGAACGAAGAUAGUAGUAAUCGAGGAUCAGAUGAUGAAAGCAACGAUGGUUCAGAGAAUGAAUCUAAAUCCGAGGCUUCAUCCGCUGAAGAGCAGUCAGGCUCUGGAAGUGAGUCAAAUUCUGCUUCAUCACCGAGUUCUUCAAAAACAACCCCUCAAAAAGGUUCUUCUAAUUCUCGGAAUUCUCGAAACCAAAAAAAGCAGUUUUGGGAAGAUAAUCCGGACGUAUAUGGAAUUAGGAGAUCAAGUAGAUCUCGCAAAGAACCAGAAAGGUUGAGGAUAGAAGAAAGUGAUUCAGGUGACCGGCAGAAAACACGAAGUAGGGGAUCCUCCAAAAAAACAAAACUGAACUGGAAUUCAGACUCGACAGAUUACGAUAGUGAGACAGACAAAGAAGAAGUUCCCAAAAGUAAAUCAAUACGGCAAAGGCCAACAGCCAAAGCAAAUGUCAAGAGAAAAGCGCCUGCAAAAGCAUCGGCCUCUAGGAGACGCUACAGUCAAUCGUCUGAUGAAUCUAGUUUUGAUAGUGAUGAUGAUAGAAGAAAAAGGAAUUCAAACAGGCGGGCGACAGCUGUCAGUUACAAGGAAGCUAGUGAUGACCCAACAGAAUCAGAAGAUCUAGUUGAUGUAGAUGUAGAGUAUGCUCAAGUCGAAGAGACUCCGACAGAAUCUUUUGAAACCAUCGAAAAGGUUUUAUCAACACGACGUGGAAAGAAAGGAGUUGUCGGAAAUCAAACGACAAUAUAUGCAAUUGAAGAGAAUGGAGAUCCUAAUGAAGGCUGUGAUCCUGAUGAUUUAGAAAAUACUGAAGUUCAAUAUUUAAUCAAAUGGAAAGGCUGGUCGCACAUACACAACACUUGGGAGUCGGAUGCCACACUCAAAGACCCAAAGAUUAAAGGAUACAAGAAAGUAGAGAAUUUUCUCAAGCGAGAAGAUGAAAUAGCUAUGUGGAGAAAGCACACUACACCAGAAGAUUACGAAUAUUAUGAGUGUCAGCAGGAGCUUCAACAAGAACUUCUUAAGAGUUAUAAUCAAGUCGAAAGGAUUAUCGCCGAAUCAUCAGCGAAUGGUGCUCAUGAAUAUUUUUUGAAAUGGGAAUCGCUACCAUAUUCAGAAGCAACGUGGGAAGAUGCCGCUUUGAUCGAAAGGAAGUGGCCGAAAAAAAUAGCGGAAUUCCGGGAGCGAGAAGAUUCAAAACGGACACCAUCCAAACUGUGCAAAGCACUGAAAACGAGACCGAAAUUCAGAGAAAUUAUGACGCAGCCCGAGUAUAUGGGUGGUGAUCAAGUUUUAGUUCUUCGAGAUUAUCAAAUGCACGGUCUUAAUUGGCUCAUACAUUCUUGGUGCAAAGAAAAUUCCGUUAUUUUAGCAGAUGAAAUGGGUCUGGGAAAAACAAUCCAGACCAUUUGUAGUUUAUAUUACCUUUUCCAUGCAUAUCAAGUGUAUGGACCGUUUCUAGUAGUUGUUCCUCUUUCCACAAUGACAUCAUGGCAGCGAGAAUUCCAGCUCUGGGCGCCAGAAAUGAAUGUUGUUACAUACUUGGGGGAUGUGAGCUCCCGAAAUAUCAUUCGAGAUUAUGAGUGGUGUUUCGGCUCCAAGAGGCUCAAGUUCAAUGCAAUUUUAACUACUUACGAGAUCGUGCUGAAAGAUAAAGCAUUUUUAGGUAGCAUAAGUUGGGCUGUGUUAAUGGUAGACGAAGCGCAUCGUUUGAAAAACGAUGACUCGCUUUUGUACAAAGCUCUAUUUGAAUUCAAGACAAACCAUAGGUUAUUAAUCACUGGUACGCCAUUACAGAACAGUCUGAAAGAACUCUGGGCCCUUCUCCAUUUCAUCAUGCCUGAAAAAUUUUCUUCAUGGGAAGAUUUUGAAAAGGAGCAUGAAAACGCAGCAAACAAAGGCUAUGCAAAGCUCCAUAAACAAUUAGAACCUUUCAUUCUUAGGAGAGUGAAAAAGGAUGUAGAAAAAUCUUUGCCUGCAAAGGUGGAACAAAUUUUGAGAGUAGAAAUGACCUCUAUACAAAAACAAUAUUACAAAUGGAUCUUAACGAAAAAUUACAACGCAUUGCGAAAAGGUGCAAAAGGCUCGACCGGGACGUUUUUAAAUAUAGUGAUAGAAUUAAAGAAAUGCUGCAAUCAUGCCCUCCUAACCAAGUCGAAUCCAGAUAGCAGAAGUAAUUCGGAAGAAUAUUUACAGAAUCUAAUUCGCGGCUCUGGAAAAUUGGUGCUUCUAGACAAAUUGUUGAUCCGUCUGAAAGAGACCGGUCACCGUGUCCUCAUCUUCUCGCAGAUGGUGAGGAUGUUGGAUAUUUUAGCCGAAUACUUGCAGAUGCGACACUUCCCGUUCCAACGGUUGGACGGAGGCAUCAAGGGAGAGAUCAGGAGACAGGCGUUGGAUCAUUUCAAUGCUGAGAACUCAAACGAUUUUUGUUUUUUACUGUCGACUCGAGCGGGUGGAUUAGGAAUCAAUUUAGCGACGGCAGACACUGUGAUUAUUUUCGACUCUGAUUGGAACCCGCAAAAUGAUCUCCAAGCUCAAGCCCGAGCUCACAGGAUUGGGCAGAAAAACCAGGUAAAUAUUUAUCGUCUGGUCACCAAAAGCUCUGUUGAGGAGGACAUUGUCGAGAGGGCCAAACAGAAAAUGGUUUUAGACCAUCUUGUCAUUCAGAGAAUGGACACGACAGGACGGACGGUCCUGGAGAAAAAAUCCGGUUCUGCCUCAACGCCUUUCAACAAAGAAGAACUAACGGCCAUCCUCAAAUUUGGUGCUGAAGAAUUGUUCAAGGAUGAAGAGGCAGGAGAUGAAGAACCCUACUGUGAUAUUGAUGAAAUUCUUCGCCGGGCGGAGACACGUGAUGAGGCUCCAGCUACCGUUGGAGAUGAACUCUUGUCUGCGUUCAAAGUAGCCAGCUUUGCCGCUUUUGAAGAGGAAAAAGACACUCAGAGUGAACAUGACAAUGAUGAAGAAAGCAAAGAUUGGGAUGAAAUAAUCCCGGAAGACAUCCGGCAAAAAGUUGAAGAAGAAGAAAAAGCCAAGGAGAUGGAGGAUCUUUACCUGCCACCAAGAAGCAGGAAAACCUUGCAGCAGAUCCAGUCUCAACAAUCGGACGAUGAAGGGGAUGGGGGUCGCCGACGAAAGCGAAGGAAGAAUGAUGAUUCAGAAUCGAGUGAUAAGGACGGAAGUGAUGAUGAUAAACCCAAAAAGCGGGGGCGCCGGAAAAAAGAAGCCAUCAAAGGCUUUACAGAUGCAGAGAUCCGAAGAUUCAUUAAGAGUUAUAAAAAAUUCUCAGCUCCGUGGAAGCGGUUAGAAGCUGUAGCAUGUGAUGCUGAGCUGCAAGAAAAACCGUUGGCAGAUCUUAGUAAAUUAGGAGAGUUGUUGCGCGAACGUUGUCAAGCAUCCAUAGAUGAGCACGCCAAAGAAAAUGACACGCUCAAUGAAGACAGCAAUUUAUCUGGAACGAAGAAACGAGCUCGAGGUAUCUCAUGCAAACUGAAUGGUGUAAACGUCAAUGCCAAGAGUGUGAUGGCUUGCGAAAAAGAACUUGAGCCCUUAGACACGGUUCUACCUGAAAACGCAGAAGAACGUAGCAAAUGGGUCCUAGAUGUCAGAGUUAAAUCUGCCAACUUUGAUGUUGAGUGGACAGUUUCGGAUGACUCUAGAUUGCUGCAAGGCAUUUACCAGUAUGGAAUGGGGUCGUGGGAAGCCAUUAAAAUGGAUCCUUCCCUUGGCAUCAGUGAUAAAAUUUUACCAAAUUCUGACAAAAAACCUCAAGCUAAGCACCUUCUAAAGCGUGCUGAGUACCUUCUAAAAGUAUUAAGGGCGAAUAUUGACCUUAAAAAAGGGAUUCAAAAGCCCAAACGGAAACGGAAAACUCGGGAAAUCAAAAGCACACUAACCAAGGAAAUCAUAGACGAUGAUUCGUCGAAUGAGGAUGGUGAAACGAAUGCCAGCACAGUUGCCAGUAACUCCACUAUCUCAACAACGGUUGCCCCGACUGUUGCUGCAUCGAUUGCUGCUCCAGCAAAAGAAGAAAAAGAUGAGAAGAAGGCAAAGCUGAAAAAAGACACUGUCAAGAAAGAAUCAAAGAAGAAAGUGAAACCUGUCGGACCAAUGCACUUCACCACCCACGAAACCAGAGCCAUAGAUGUCCUCGGAGAUCUCGAACCAUCCAUCUUCAAUGAAUGUAAAGAAAAAAUGAGACCUGUUAAAAAAGCUUUGAAAGCUCUGGACAAUCCUGACCAAUCAUUGAAGCCAGAGGAGCAAGUAGUGCACACGCGUCAAUGUUUGAUCCUGAUCGGCGACCAAAUCAACACAUGCGUCUCUGUGUACAAGGACCCAGAUGUCAUCAAGCAAUGGCGGAGCAAUCUCUGGUAUUUCGUUUCCAAGUUCACCGAGUACGAUGCUAAGAAACUGUAUAAACUCUACAAACACGCAGUGAAAAAACAGAAAAGCAAAGAGUCGGAUGACAAGCCCAGCGACAAGAAGGAAUCAGUCAAGCGCAAGCUUACCGAAGACAAGAAGUCUGCGGAAGCACCGGCAAAGAAGCCGAAAACUGAGCCUGUCGAAGGCAAAGCAAGCGAGAAGGCUGUGAAGAAGGACAAAGGAAGGAUGCGGCUGGACAGCGGAGGUUCGAUCGGCCCGUCAACCCCGCUCAAGGAAGCUGAGAAGGAGCGUGAGGGUGAGAGGGACCGAGGACGCGACAGAGAACGUGAUUGGGAGCGCCUAGGAGAUAGAGAAAGGGACCGAGAACGCGACAGAGACCGACUCGCAGCGAUGCCGUACAAGUCAGGGAUCAGCAGUCCGCUGGAGAGUGCGGUUGAUCGCGACCGGUGGCCGCCCGGUGGAUCUAGGUACAAUACAGGUAAUAGCAAUCCAGAGCAUAAGCGAGAUAGGUACGACAAUUAUCCUCGCGCUGCUUACCAUGAUAGGAAUAGAGAUAGAAAUCAUCGAAUGCCUCCAGAUAAACACAGGUAUCAUCAGGGACCUCAAGGGGCACACAUGCAGUAUGGGAACCACUAUGGUGCUCCUGUACCUCAUGGAUAUUACCCGCCAACUGACCAACAUGGACCUUAUCCGCGCGAAAGGUACCAUGGGCCAGCACCGUACGGUGACUGGCGCACACCGCCCAAAGACAGGUCCGACUUUAGGAGAGACUACGAACGAAGGCCUGCCUCUAAUACGUAACACCUCUCUUUGUAAAUUGCUUUAAUUUUUGUACAUUUUUUCAAACUGAAUCAUUGUAAGAGCAACACUGGUUUAUUUUUAGACAAGUUCUUGAUCCGUCAAAUAUUUAUUUUUGUAUGAUUGUCUUCAUUAUGCCUGCGUAAUGACUCCAGUUUUUAAUUUUUGUAAAAUUGCUCCGCUGGAAGUGCUGCAAAAAAAUGAAAGAUAAAAAAAAAAAGUUUGAUUGGAGGCACCGUGGUCGGAUCCUCUAAGACCUUCAAAUCUUGAUCUCAAGGUGUUCUGAAUUUUCUUAACAAAUUUGGGAUCUUCUUUGCUGCAACUGAAGAUUUUCUCUCAUAUUGAAUUUCUGGCUGUGGAAGUUUGCUCUUAUGAGUUACAGAAUCCAGCCUUCCUUCAGAGACUCCAUGAAAUUUCCCGAAUUUUCCAGUAUCAAUCGGAGGAAUUCAAUUUCUCAUAAACAAGGAGUCAUUACUUUCAAGACUAAUCCACACUGGUCAGCCAUUCCUGAAGACAAGUUUUGAGACCUUACUGUGCAUUACGGUGGGGAGUUUAAACGCACUUCGUUUCUUAUGGAAGUAGCCAGUGUGAUGUAACAUUGAGUGGUAGAGUGAGAGCCAAGCGGGCGCGUCAAUUCCUAUAAGAUGCGCAAUGACUGACCCGUAUGGAUUGAUCUCGAUUACUUUGUUUACUAUGUAUUUCCUUUGGAUUCGUGUGCAAUCUUUGAGAAUUGGUGAGAACUUGGAAUUUUUUAACGAAGGUUUCUGUAAAAGUUUUGCCAAUAGUCUCAAGCUCUCACACUAAGUAGAGCACAUCAGCAAAUAUUGAUUUUUUUCUUCUAUAUUUAUCCCCUUGAAAGUUCUAAUGAUUCUACAUCGAAAAAAUCACUCAAUCAAGUAAUCUCUCUCAAAAAAGUGGCAAAUCGUCCCUGAAAGUAUCUACAGAUCAAUUGAACCUUCAACGCAUUUUGAACUCAUUGCAUUAUCAACAGCAAUGUAAGUUCUUUAUAAGAAUCUUUGGCCCUCCGGUUAUUCCAUUUAUAAGUUCAUGUGUACAAAGUUUGGUUUCCAACACCACAAACGAUACUCAUUAUUUCUACUUUGGAUGAUAUUAACGUCCACUUGGAUAUUGUUCUUCAAGAUUUAGUCUGAUCCUUGCAGCUUUCUGUCACCUACCUUUGCUCAGUUGAUGUAAACCUCUCUCUCUGUUCGAAGGCCAAAUAUUUAUUGUAUCACUUAGUUUAAUUCUGGAAACACAUGAUUCAACUUCAGUUGAUCUUGAGGUAGCUGUGGAAGAAUGUUAAAUGCUUUUUAUUCUUGCCUGAAAGAUAAUAGUCUUGAAAACUAAGAAAUCAGUUUCCAAUGCUCCAGCAUUUACUGUUUUAAUUUCCCAAAUGAAGAAAAUAUCAAACACAUUUUUUCAUUGAUGCCCUUAAAAUUGAGGUACAUGUUUUGAAGGGCAAGCUAAUUUUGUUCUGUCUUUCGUAGAGUUCAGCCUGUGAUAGUCAUAAUUUGAAAGACUACGCUUGCGUUUUGUCACUUUUUCUAUGAGUGAUGCCAUUCGGUGCAUUCUCAGGGAUCAUAAAGCACUCCUUUUGGCUCUGAUUCACACUAAAGCACUCCAACCUUAAAAUUCUCAUCAGGUUUAUCUCAACUUGACGUCGUUUAGGCCAACAUUAUUGGCACUAGAGUGUGGAAUAUCCGCAAAGUAGGCGGGGGCAAUCUAGUUAAUUAUUCCUAA